UAUUAUGGAGAUGGAUGUUUUAAUGUUUUCUAUCUUCCUCUCUUUAGGAUGGAUCAACUUCACUCAUUGCAGCAGUUUACUUUGGACCCUGGAAGUAGUUGGAACUCCUGCUAGAAUCUGGAGCUAAAGAUCUACCUUAUAGAUGGACGUACAGCCAUGAGUUUCGCAAAAGCCAAAGGUCAUCAGCAAAUAGUCAAACUUCUACAGCAGUAAA